AUGUCGAGCACAGACCUCCGCGCCCAAGGCAACGACGCGUUCGAGGCCAAGCGGUACGACGAAGCCGAGGCCUUGUAUGCAAAAGCGAUUCUACAAGACCCGCGGCAACAUGCGCUCUUCGGCAACCGAUCGGCCGCCCGCUUCCACCUUCAAAAGUUUGACGACGCGCUGCGCGACGCCGAAGCGGCGAUCGCACUCGACCCGCAGUGGGCCAAGGGGUAUUUUCGGCAAGGCCAGGCCCUCGAGGCCUUGGGCCACCUUCGCCGCGCGCAAACUGCGUACGAACACGCCGCUACGCUCGGCAGCAAGACGCGCGAGGUGCAGGCCAAGAUCGCGUCGACCAAAAAGCUCGCCGACAAGAUCGACCGCGAGAAAACGAUCCGGACGCGGGACGAGUGGAAGCAAGUGUACACGCACUUGUCGGAUACCAAGAUGCGCCUGGGUCUGCUCGUGGCCUUUUGGAACCAGUCGAGCAAGCCGGAGCGGUUCGCGUUCUUUAUGCGGUUCCUCGAGCUCCUCGCGGGGGGCAGUGCCCCCAGCCGCAUCUCCAAGUACGCGUCCGACGACAUGGAACCGAUCCCGGCCGGCAACUACGAAGAGCUCUUGAUUCCCGCGCCGUGGACAGCGUACUUUGCGCGUCUGGACCUGGCCAAGAAGGCUGAAAUGAUGCAAGACAUGUACCUUCUCGCGACGCCGGCCGAGCAAACCACGAUCGUCAACGACAUGAAGUACCUCAUGCACGAGCUCUCCGGUCGCGCCAAGACAGCCGAGAACGACGAGAACGACAAUUAA